CAGUUUAUGACUUCCCAAAUUUUACCAUUAACAAAAGCAAUAUACACACACACACAUACAGUGCUUGGAAGCUUGUAUGGCUUGCCUUCCUUUUUUUCUCUUUCUAUCAAACUGAAAAUUUGCCUUUUUUUGUGUGUAAGUUGAAGCCUUUAAGCUCAGGGAUUAAUAAGUGAUUAAGUUCUUUUGGAUUGGAGUAGUUGAUCCUUUUCUUUUGAGAUUUCUUGUGAGGUUCAAGUUGGUCUAAUUGGAGGCUUAUAUAUUUUUCGAGGCAGAAAUGGCAGCAAGGUGUGCCUGUCAUUAGGCUCUAUAUGUCUAAUCCUAGACCGGAGAUGGACAACACGUUUGGUAGUGGUCAGAAAGAUGAGCAGGGGAAAGACGAGUCGUUGCAAAACUUGGAAGAGAGCAGGGAUAUCUUGGGAGAGAAUGGGACGGAUUGCUCCGAAUUAAUAUCGAAAAAGCUGGCAAGAAGGGCAAAUCCACAGCUUGCUCUGAUGAUAAAUGCCGGUAAACGAUUAGAAGCCGGAGAAAGUCUUUUAAUGGAUUCGUUUCUUCCGAGUAUUUUCUGCGUAGGCGACAAGGUUCCGAGGCAUGUGGUUACUCUAGAUGAGAAGUACCUUCGACGUUGCCUCGAAUUGAUUCGAAUCAAAGCAGCAAAAGCAGCUCAAUGCAACGUAUCUGUAAACUUGUGCUCGGUUAAAAUGGGGAUGUUAUCCAAUGGAUUGCAUUCAGCUAAAAUUCGGGAUGAAGGUAGUUGUGAAUUCGGAAGGUUUGCUUUCGACAGUCCACCUGCAGCUGGGACCGGUGGAGUAGUCAUCCGUCCUGUAGAACAGUGGGUCAUAAGUUCAAAAAGGGGCAGCCGGAGUAUGGCAAAUAUCUUGAAGAGCCCAUUGUUACGGAAAUUUGGUGCAUCGGAUGUCGAUCCAAGUUCAAAUGAUGUUAAAAGAUCGGUAAGCUAUGACUUUAUGAGCUCUCCUGGUGGUUACAGUAACUAUUCCUCGCAUAAGCUAGGAAGUGAAACACCCUUAUCCGAAAAUCGUAAAUUCGGAUCCAAGACCGUGCAUAAAAGACUUGUUUCCAUGUCGAGUUCAAACACGACAUGCUCAGAUCAGUCCUCUUCUUCUACUUCGACGACAAGUUAUCGGGGAAUGCUUCAAUGCACAUGGAAGGGUGGGAAUCCAUAUUUCAUUUUCUCUUUGGAUAAUCAACGGGAGGUAUAUGUAGCCAAUUUGUCGGAGGAAGGAUCAGCUCGGGGUCGGGGUCCGGACUGUAUGUACUUGUUCCAUUCAAGCAAGGGUAGUCACAAGGAACAUGGGAUUUCUGAUGCUGAGUCGAACCUUGUCGGUAAGAUGAAGUUAUCGAAUUCUUUCUCUAUCUGUCCCCGAGGUUCUAAAGUCAAGGAGACGGAGUUCGUUCUGUAUAGUCGUAUCGGAACUUUUAAUUCAGAUAUGCAAACUUCAACCUAUAACCACAGGAAGAAUAAGGGUCUACCAAAAAAGGUGGUGGAAGUAUUCAAGAGCAGUCACUCAUCAAAGCCGAGAACAAUGUCGAGAUGUCAGUCUAGUUCCAUAAUGGAGGAUGAUACAGUCAACAAUUCCACUUCACCUGAUAAGACGAGUCAGAUAGAGGAAGAACUUCCGCCGAACCUUGAAUUGUCUGCUAUUGUUUUGAGGGACCAUUUGCCUACAAAACCACUGCCCGACGCCGGGGGUUGGGGCUUGACGUUUCUUCGGAAAGCUGGGGUUAAACAACAUGUUGAAACUAUGGAAGCCUCGGUUCCAUGUGCCUGUUCUGCGAAUACCCACGAUGAUUGCUCAACAAGUAUGGAUAUUCUAGUUCCAGCAGGUAUUCAUGGUGGUCCAAGAACCAGAAAUGGUGGCCCCUCUAAUCUUAUCGACAGAUGGAGAACCGGUGGACGUUGUGACUGUGGAGGCUGGGAUUUGGGCUGUCCAUUGACUGUACUUGAGGGUAGAUCAAGUAAAGAACGAGGUUUGCCUUCGACAGAUACUUCCGAUGCAAGCAAACCAUUCGAUGUUUUCGUUCAGGGCUCGAAGCACGGUUCACCGAUGUUGAGGAUAGCACAUGUUCACGAUGAACUUUAUUUUGUUCAUUUUCAAUCAACACUCUCAGCCCUGCAGUCAUUCUCAAUUGCAGUGGCAUACAUCCAUUCUCAAAGUCCGAAUUUCCGGCCGAAAACUGUAUACUCGUCGAGGUAGCGAGAUCCGGGUCUCUCGGAUAGCCUUCUCAUCGUGCCACAGCAGUUUGUAAGUUUGAAAAUUUAGGCAGUUAUACACGAAUCGAGGUCGGUAUCUCUUUAUAUAGGUUGCUUAUAACAGAACUGGGGACUUUAGGUUUCUAAUAACCAAAGUUAUUGUAAUUUGUGUGCUUCUCGAUUGAAUGUACAAGCUUUAGAUUGAGUGA